CAGGCGCGGCAAAUGCUAUCAGCAGCUGUGUGUUAGCUGAAUAGACAUUGGACGACUAUUGACUGUAUUUGUGUGUUAAGUUAUCAUAUUUAAUGUAAUUUACGUUUACUGACAGUACCGCCAAAUGUCUCGGUUUAAAAGAGGUGGGAAAAUUGACUCCAGGGCUGGGUUUAGGACGGAAGUAAGCUCGUCGCCGAUUCCCAACGGGCUCCUAAAAGCAGCUAGAAAAAGUGGCCAACUCAAUCUGUCAGCUCGGGGUCUGACUGAAGUUCCACUCAAUGUUUGGAGACUUAACUUGGACACACCCGAAGAGGCCAACCAAAACUUAGCUUUUGGAGCAGAUGACCGAUGGUGGGAACAAACUGACCUGACAAAGCUCAUCAUCUCAUCUAACAAGCUUGAGACACUAUCAGAAAAUGUGAAACUCUUACCAGCUCUUGUCGUUCUAGAUGUCCACGACAAUCAACUUACUACAUUGCCCAAAGAAUUAGGUGAAUUGGAGCAACUGCAGAGGCUUGUGAUAAGCCAUAAUAAGUUGACAGAGUUACCUGCUGAGUUAUGGGGACUGACCACCCUCCGCAGCCUUCACCUGCAGCAGAACCAGCUGCAGCAGCUUCCAGAAGAAAUCGGACAGCUGGUCAACUUGGAUGAAAUAGAUCUCUCCAACAACCAGUUCACAGGGGUUCCAGAUGGUUUAGGCAACCUGACAAAGCUGGUGAAACUCAACUUGUCCCACAACAAGUUAAAGAGUCUUUCUCCUGCUAUCAGGAACAUGAAGAAUCUGCGAAUGCUGGACUGCACCCAUAACCAGCUGGAGAGUGUGCCGCCCGUGCUGGCCCAGAUGGAGUCCCUGGAGCUGCUCUAUCUGCGGCACAACAAACUACGCCUGCUUCCUGAGCUGCCACAGUGCAAAACACUCAAGGAGCUCCAUGUGGGGAAUAACCAGAUAGUGGGAAUCGAGGCAGAGUAUCUGAAGCACCUGAGUGCCCUGAGCGUGCUGGAGCUGAGGGACAACAAGCUGACGGCCCUGCCCGAUGAAGUCACUCUGCUGGAGGGGCUGGAGAGGCUGGAUCUGGCCAACAACGACCUCAGCAGCCUGCCCUGCACUCUUGGCAACCUACCCAAGCUGAAGAGUGUGUCUCUGGAAGGGAACCCCCUGAGGGGCAUCCGGCGAGACCUCAUUGCGAAAGGCACGGGGGAGCUGUUGAAGUAUCUAAGAAGUCGCAUCAAAGAAGAGCCAGGCGACAGUGCAGAGCAGCCCCAGACGGCCAUGACCCUGCCCAGUCAAGCAAGGGUGGAUGUGCACUCCAUCAAGACACUCAAGGCUUUGAAUUACAGUGAAAAGCAGGAGGCGGUGAUACCUGAUGAUGUGUUUGAUGCGGUGGGGGGCGGCCCAGUCGCCAGUGUGAACUUCUCCAAGAACCAGCUGACCUCAGUCCCUCCCAGGCUUUUAGAGCUGAAGGACACCGUGUCGGACAUCAACCUUGGGUUUAACAAACUGACCAGCAUCACUGUUGAAUUCUGCUCUCUCAAGCACUUAAGCCACAUUGAUCUCAGAAACAACUUCAUAACCGAACUGCCAUCAGAAAUGGAGGGGCUUGCCAAAUUGAGGAGCAUCAUUUUGUCAUUCAAUAGGUUCAAGGCAUUUCCAGAUUUUCUCUACAAGAUAACGGCGCUGGAGACGAUCCUCAUUAGUAACAAUCAGGUCAAUGGCAUUGACCCGGCGCGGCUGAAGAUGCUGGAUAAGCUCUCCACUCUAGACCUGCAGAACAACGACAUCAUGCAGGUGCCUCCAGAGCUGGGCAACUGCACCAGCCUCAGGGCGUUGAUGCUGGAUGGAAACCCGUUCCGGAAUCCCAGAGCAGCCAUCGUGGCCAAAGGAACAGAUGCCAUUAUGGAGUAUCUACGCAGCAGAAUUCCCACUUAAUCCCGUCUUGAGGAAAAGCGUAUGCCUGCACGUACACUACAAAGGGGUUGCAUCUCAACUCAUGAUGAUGACGCUACACUUUCUUUCCUCUCCAUUUAUUUAACACAGUGACUUGUGUUUACAUUCUGACAAUGACCACUACCAAAGGCUACUUUGCCAAAAAAAAAAAGAAAAAAAAAAUCCAGCAAAAUACUCUUCUUGGCUGACAGCUGGCAGUAAUGGUGGUUGAAGGUUUUGUCAUAGCACAAAACUAAUCUGGUGCACACUGUUAUUCAUCCAGCACUGUGUCUUGCAGAACAUCCAGGCACUCUCUCACCAUCCAUUCAGCACUUCCUGCCAUUUUGUACAAUGUGGCUGUCCAUCUAGGCCUCCACUAUCUCUGCGCUUAUCAUUAGGCUUACCUGUACUCAUCUGGGUGCUGAUUAAUUAAAGGGUGCUGAUUUUCACCAAAUUCUUAGUCUUAAAUACAUUGAUGUCAUGCACAGAGUGACUCACUGACUGAAUCAUGAUGAAAAAUAUAUUGAGUACAUUUUACGGGUUAUAUCAAAUUUCUGCUGAUAAUUAAACAGAAGUGUUUUUUAAGAUGUUUUGAAUUGUAUUUUGUCACAUGUUUCAAAUGCAUGAUUUGCUUGCUUUACAUAUAAAAAUUGUACACUGAUGUUUGCACAUUCUGCCUUUGACUUUUAAAAUGAUCUCAAUGAUCUGUAAUUGGGUGAAGGCUUUGCUGGAGUAUUACAUUUUAAGUGUUUGUUUUGCAGCAUGUCAAGCUGGUGUAUGUAAGGCAUGUUUGUACCUGAACAACGAUGAAUUUAUUGCAAGGUAUAACAAAUCACAAUGUAACACAUAGCAACAAUAGUGACGUUUUAUUAAUUUUACAAUAAAGACUUUCAUACAUUAUUCAAAACACCCCUUGAAUACUGAAAAAAAUCUGCACUUCCCCAAAGCCGAAAAUGGCUCUGUAAUCUGGUGCACAGUAUUUAACUUUUUGUCCUUUUUCAAAAGUUUUAUUAAUAAAAUGUAUCUUAAAUAUGUA